AUGUUAUUUGCAAAGAAGAAGCUUCCUUUUCUCUUUGACCGGGCCGCCAUGGAAAAGGCCGCUGUAACACGCGGCAAAACCGUGGACGGGUCAGAGAGCGGCGACUCGUCCUUCCUCGACGAAGAAGAGAUUCGUAAUGUGCGAUCCAGGAAAUCUUCUCAAAAGCGAUGGUGGGUUGGCUUCUUUACCAUUCACCUAUUUAUCUUGGCCUUUUAUCUCGGCACGGUCUUGAGCAUGCGGGCGGAACUGGCCAAGUUGCGCAAGCACGGGCUGCAGCUCAUCCAGACUCCGGCUUCUGGGGUUCUGGAGUGGUCCGAGCAUACCUUUGUCGAAAACAGCUUCUCGCAUGGGCCAUUUUCUGGUUAUCCUCGGGAUGAGAUUGAUCAGAAUUGGCAUGACCUCAUCAACUAUGAAAACAUCAUUAUUGAGCCUGAAAUCAUUGCCAAACUUGGCCGUCAAGACAUUGCAGUCGCCGACCCCGAAGGCCGGGGUUAUCUUGGAACGCUCAACGUGUAUCAUCAGCUGCACUGCAUUAAGCGACUCUGGCAGUAUACAUAUCCAGAGGUAUACCGCAAGAAUCAGACACCCGCACAAGCUGAAGCAGAUCGCCUGCACAAAGAGCACUGCUUUGAUUUCCUUCGACAAUCCGUCAUGUGUCUUGCAGAUAUCGGCAUCAUUACGUAUCAGUGGACUGAAGAUCGCAUGGUUCCCAUUGCAAACUCAACCACACACCAGUGUGCCAACUGGAAGAAGCUGGAUGAUUGGACCAAGAAGCGAAGCGUAGACAUGAUGAAGCCCGGCUGGCUGAUUCACCCAACAAAAGGAUAUGCUUACAAGGAUCAAGACCACCACCAUUAA